AUGGGAAGUGUUAUCCUAAUGCUUACGAUAUUGUUACUAGUGCUAGUGCUGUUGCAAACUGCAAACUCCUACAUGUGCAAUAAAGAAACGAGCAAUGCGGACAAUUUGCUCAAGCAACAUCUGCUCUGUAACGGUUACGAUCCUAAGAUACGGCCUGCUAAAAGUGAAUUCGACACGAUCAACAUAACCGUGAUAGCUUUUGUGUAUAAUUUUGAUGUCGAGAUAUACUCAAGCACGAUGGAUGUGCAAAUGAAAUACUGGAUGAUAUGGAAUGAUCCUUCGUUACGGUGGAACGCUUCUGACUGGUCCAAUAUUACUAUGUUACGUCUCAAGACGAACGAAAUUUGGUUUCCACAAUUCGAACAUAUUAACGCCGAUUAUGAAGGAGAACCGGCUUUAUCCUGUUCCAAUCCACAUUGCUCACUGUACGAUACAGGAAGAGUAGUAUGCGUACCCAUUUGUUCCAUUACUACCUCCUGUACGAUAGACUUUUUGCGUUGGCCUUACAGCACAAUGGAAUGUCAGUUGUGGUUCUCGAACCAUGAUAAGGAGCUGAUAGAUGAAAUUAAUUUUGUUCUGGAGAAGAAAUACAUCGCCACAUACUACACUAAUGAACAUGGAGAUUGGUGUAUGCCUUCGUUUCAAACCAACCAAACAAUGUUGGACAUCCCAGGAGCUACCAAACGAUCGGUCUUGUUGUGGAAAUUUGGAUUACGGCAGACUCCUUAUACUGCAUUAGUAACGAUAUACUUUCCAACAUUCGUUCUAGUAAUGUUGAAUAUUUUCAUCUGCUGGUUGCAUUCUCAUGCGAGUGAAAAGACGAAGAUGAUUUUGUUAUCUUUGGUGUGCCACUCUCGUCUUCUUAGUGACAUGACAGUUAUCUCCUCUGAUGUACCAACCUGCUUGAUUUUUAUGCUCACUUCGAUGGUAAUGACUGCGCUGUUGUUUGUGAUCACACUGAUCCUUCGCUGGCUGAACGAUCUUCAUUCAACUCCACCAAAAAUUAUCAAACGUUGGACGGUGGGGCUUACUAAUACGCGAGUGAUGGAUUGGUUUCUCCGGACUGAGUAUCUUAGUCUUGUACACAAGCCUAUUGCAAUUACCAACUAUGUCGAGCUAAGGGACUGGCCAAUGAUUGUGAGAUUAGUCGAUCGUUCCGUAUUCGUGUUGUAUGCAUUCAUAUAUCUAUUGCUCUUCUGGAUAUACAUUCCAUUGCAGCAUGAUAAAUAUGACUCCGAUGAUGUUUUCGGUCUUUGUGCUAGUUGA